AUGGAGGCGGAGCGGAUCAGGAGGAGAAAGUGGAAGAGCCUCAAGGAGCGGUUGUCGCUUAUGGGCUGCUGCGCCAGCGGUUGGGGGUUCCGCGCCUCCAAUCCGACCACCAUCACGAUUAACGACGAGGAGGAGGCGGAGGAGUACGGAAUCCACCGAAACCAUAGAGAAGAGCAGGCGGAGGAGGCGGGGUCGGGGGAGGCAGUGGAGAUGAACCUGGCGGCCGCGUUGGCCGCGGAGCGGCAGUACCGGGCGAUUUCCGCCGCGGCGGACGAGAGGCUGGAGCAGGAUGAGGCGGAGGGAGUGGAACGGGUGUCGCUGAUGAGACUAUUGGAAGAAGGAGAGGAGAAUAGAGGCGGGGGAGGAGACGGGUGGUGUUGGUGCUGCGUGUGCAUGGGGCGGCGGAAGGGGGCGGCGUUCAUACCGUGCGGGCACACCUUCUGCCGGGUGUGUGCGCGGGAGAUGUGGGUGAACCGCGGCUCCUGCCCCCUCUGCAACCGUCCGAUCGUCGACAUCCUCGAUAUCUUUUAA